AUGAACACCCUAAAAAACCUGAUGAACGCCGCCACGACCAAAGUGACUCAUUCCCAUAAUAUGGGCUCCGAGUCGAUCCAUACUUAUCCGUAUAUAUACGAUAGCGAAUCAGAGGAUGAAGUCAAAGUAACACUUCGAAGACGGGAUCCUCCAUUGACUGAAAACUCGACUUCACGUGUAGCCAGCAGAUGGGGAUGGCAUGAAGGUGUGACUGAGAGCCUUACAGACUUGACAUCUAGAACAACCAAGUACAUAACGGAUCAUGCUGGACCUCAUCUCGCGACUAUCGAUGAUCAGGUGAAAAGCGUUAAAAUGCAAUAUCAAAUCGAGAAAUCGAAAAAUGAUAAUAAAGAUGACUACAAGUGUGGUAUACCUUUAAACGAAAUCGAAUUGUCAACGAGAUACGAAGAGGAGGAAGAAGAAGAUCCUCAAAACAAAUUGAUACCUGAAUGUCAAAAUCCACAAUCCAAAUUUGAUUCCUUCGAAUGUUCAGAUUGGCCCAGUACAUGUGGGAACAGAUGUUAUGAUCAUUUGUGUGAAGGUUGUAGGAGUGAACAUGAGAGGGUAGUGAGUGGGAUCAAGGUAGAGAGGCGAAGUAGAAUAUAG